ACCUCUAGUACCAUUGAAAGGUGCUGGGUGCUUCAAUAGAAGCAACAUAAAAGCACGAAUCACUCAACAUAUAUACUGAUAUUCUCUGCCUCUCUCACCACCUCUUCUUGUUCUUAAUGCAAUCAGUUUUAAGCUACAUUUCUUCUUGUUAAUUUCUGGAUUAUGCAUACCAAAUGUUAAGCCUUACUAUCUUCAGGUGAAUCAUCUAUUUGCGUCAGCUAACUUAACUACACCAUGCUGCAUUCCCUUGCAUUUUUUUCAACCUGCUACAUGAAGAAUCAUCUGCAGCUGUCUCUGAAGGAUUUAAACCUAAAGCAGGACCUUGUAUAAUGCUUCUUGAAGAGCAAUCUGAUGAAGGAAGUCUAUAUUCUUUUGGAGUAGAAAAAGACCCUGGAUUUUGUAACUUACGAUCUGGAAGAAAUGAAUUAUUACCACAGGAUGUUCCUUGCUUAUGCAGCAAUUGCUGCUCUUUCGUCACCACCAAAUAGUUGCCAUGGAUAUCAGUACGCACCAACAGUAAAGCCUCUCUUUCAGAGUAUCCCGUUUAUUCCACUGUGGAAUGCACCAACAGAGCUGUGUGCCAAAAGGAAUGUGCGAAUAAAUCUGAAACCAUUUCCCAUAAUAUCCAGCACUCUUAGAGAGCACAGAGGACAGAAUAUUACAUUAUUUUACAAUGAUAGAUUUGGAUUCUAUCCAUACAUUGAUGAAAAUACAGAAAGACUAUACAAUGGAGGCCUUCCGCAGUUGGCUAAUGUUACAAAACAUUUAAAUCAAGCGGAAAAAGACCUGCUCUAUUUUCUUCCUUUCACGGAGAAUUCAGGACUAGCAGUCAUUGACUGGGAAAAUUGGAGACCACACUGGAUGCGGAACUGGGGGACCAAACAAAUUUAUAGAGCACUUUCCAUCAAAAUAGUUCAAGAAAAGGCUACACAUCUGUCUAGAAAUGAAGUAACUAACUGUGCUAAACAAGAAUUUGAAACAGCAGCAAAAGAAUUUAUGAAGGCAUCUUUACAACUAGGGAAGACUGUCAGGCCAAAGCAAUUAUGGGGGUACUAUUUAUUUCCAGACUGCUAUAACUAUGAUUACAAAGUAGACUUUAUCAAAUAUAAUGGAAGCUGUCCAAGCAUUGAGGUACAAAGAAAUAAUGAGCAUAUGUGGCUAUGGAAUGAAAGCACAGCACUUUUUCCAUCUAUCUACUUAGAGUCUGCAUUGGCCUCCUCAGUAAAAGGCACAUUGUUUGCACGCAACCGUGUUUAUGAAGCGAAAAGAGUUGCUGCGCUUCCUAGGCAAGCAUAUACCACACCGGUGUAUGUUUACGUACGACUUGUAUUUUCCGACAAUACUGCCAGCUUUCUUUCUAAGCAGGACCUUGUAAAUACCAUUGGUGAAAGUGCUGCGUUAGGAGCGGCUGGAAUAAUUGUCUGGGAAGGAACUGCUAUUACCCAGACACAGGCAUCGUGUCAUUCUCUGAACUCAUUUGUGAACAACGUGCUUAAUCCCUACAUCAUCAAUGUGACAACAGCUGCCAAGAUCUGUAGCAGUGUUUUGUGCCAAGAGAAGGGUCGAUGUAUAAGGAAAAACUGGAACUCCACAACUUAUUUGCACCUGAACCCCCUAUACUUUAACAUUGAGAGUGUUGCCCAAAGAUACAGGGUUCAUGGAACAGUAACACCUAUGGAUCAUAAUCUGAUGGCUAAAUGGUUCACCUGUCAGUGUUAUGAGGGAAUGAACUGUCUUACUAAUGCAAUGUAUCCAUCAGACAACAUUACUGUUACUAUGUAUAUCUAAAGCGACAUGUAACCUUUUUGCUGGCACAAGGUUUUAUAAUUACAUGACACAAUGAAGUCAGUGGCUCAGCCAGGCAUUUUGUGGCAUAGCUUGUUUGAUUCAGUUAAGUGGAUUACAGUCUUCUAAAAGAAGCAUAUGCUUAAAUAUGCUUUUGAAUGUUGCACUGCUUUCAUAAGAACCAUAUAUAGUCAGUGAGAAUGAAGAUAUAUUUUUAAUUAUGUGUCUCAAUGUGUAAUUUUUUGUGGCUUUAGGGGUCUUGUUGUAUCUACAUAUGCUGGCAAGACAACAAAAUCACCUCAACAAAAGAAUGAUAUGUGCAAUUCCACUAGUAAUAAUGACAAUUGAAAUGAAUGAAAUUAUUCAGCUCUGGCAGGAGAUGUGCCCUCAGAAAAUAUAACACCACAAAUCACAAACGAAGCUCAUACCAGGAUGAAGUUUUAUCAAUAACCUGCGAAUGGAUGUGGAUUAUAGUGGGUUUACCCAUGGCAGGUAUGGCUCGAUCAUGAGUGAUAAGUGAUCAAACAAAUAAGUCAGACAUGUUAAUAAGCAUAGAUUAUUCUUAACAUUCAGUCCUAUUAUUUAAAUAAAGUAAUUUCCUACUUUUUACAUAAUACAGAACUACAACAUGUCUAAACAUUUUGCUUCCAUAGUCUUUUUCCUGCCAUCUUGCAUGACAGGAGAAGGGGUUGAAUAUAUGCCAGUCCUUACCCAGCGUCCUUUGAUACGAUUAAGAUUAUACCACUGUAUGUUUCUUUUUGAGACUCGGCAGUGUACAUGCAACCUAUUGUUUACAUAAAGAUGGUUGCAGACUUUUGACAUUGCAGCACAGGUUACAUGCAUUUCUUAUACGUGUUGAGACUGUUUUUUUCUUUUCAUAAUGUUUGCCUUUGGGAGACUAAACCUUUACCUUCCACCCUCUUGAAAAUGUUGUAUCUUUUCUACACUUAGCAAAUUGAAGAACAUGACAGCUGAAAUUUUUGUUUUCAAGACCUAUACUCACCUAGACUUAAUCAUACCAGUAUUGCUGGAUUUGCAAAGGUACACUGAUUGCUCUAUCCAAUCAGACUGUAAUUUGCACAUUAAUCAUUUUUUCAUUGUAUAAUUCUCAACAUAUUCUGUUUUACUGCAUACUUAGGACCAAUUUCCAAAAGAUAUGCUCUCAGUGUAAAUGAGUUACUCUGGUGUAAGCCUGCCCCAAUUCCAAAAGUCUUGCUGUCAGUGUAAACAACUUACUCCGAUGUAAGCUUGCUCCACUUCCAAAAGGUAUGCUCUUAGUGUAAAUCAUUUACUCUGGUGUAAGCCUGAUCUGAUUCCAAAAGACUUUCUCUCAUCAUAAGUGACUUACUCAGAUAUAAGGCUAUCUAAAAUGCAGACAUUCACCAGGGAUCAGAUUCAGAAGAAUUUGGCUGCUAUGGAAACUUUGCAGGUGGUCCACUUUAGAACAGAUUCAUGUAGAUUCUGCUCUGGCUGAAAGAAGUUUUUGGCCUUAUGAAUAAGCAAUAUAUUUUUUUAUCAUAA